AUGGGGGGCCGGAGGGGACGGCCGUCGGCGCCGGCGGGAGAGGCGAAGAUUCGGCGGCGCGACCUCGCACCGACGCCGGCGCCCUUCUCCCCCGUCGCGGCCGUAAAUACGCGGCGGCGGGGUGAACAGUGGGGCUGUUAUGGGAAAGCUGCUGGGCCGCCGUCGCCUUGGAGGCAUUAA